AAUUUCAGUUGCACAAACACAUUGAAUCACAACAAAUCACAGGAGCAGAUAAAAAAAUAAUCAGAGUUACUUCUUCAAUAUAUGCCUACAAUAUCAAUCCACUUGAUCAUUUAUAAUAUUAAGAUACACUGCUUUUAACAAUGGGAUUCAAUUCACAACUCAUCGAGGUGUUGCUGUUCAUCUUUUUAACUAGAGUACUUUCAUUUAAAGUUGAAAUGGAGCCGCAUCAACGUAGGAUUACUGUAGAGAGUGGAAGCGACAUGGUUCUUACAUGCCGUGCCAAAGACUGUCUUUCCCCGACAUUCAGCUGGAUAGCUUUGGAAGAUAAACCGAUGUACAUAAAGACCGAGAAUGGCGUUUUAGAGUCGCGUGCUGUCCUUACACCUGUGCGCAAAGAGAACGAUAACACUUACAUCUGUAAAGUGAUGUGUGGAUCACAGAAAGCACAGAAGUCUAUUGAAAUAAAAGUGUACUCUUUCCCCAGCGAUCCUAUCAUUGAAUUCAAUGCUCCCCUUCAGGAAGGGAAAGAAGCCGCUCUCACCUGCAAAGUCCCGGAUGUGUAUCCACUGGAGUACCUGGAAAUUCAGUGGCUGGACGGGGAACGUGCUCUCAAAGAGUCAGACUACCAGAAUAGUAGCUCUUUAUCUUUAACUUACAAGUUUGUUCCCAAAAUUGAAGAAACUGGGAAAAAACUAACCUGCAAAGCCGUAAUCUCAAUGGAAGGGAUACCAGAAGAACUGAAAACCAAAACUACCACUACAACGUUUGAUGUACACUUCGCCCCACAGAAGCCUUUAGUCUCUGGGAGUUCAAGCAGCACUGUAAGGGAAGGCGAGGAGAUGAGCCUAACCUGUUCUACUCAGAGCAAUCCCCCUGCAGAGCUGGUGUGGAAGAAGCUGCUUCCUCAAGGUCAAUCUCAAGUGGUAGCUGAGGGUGAGACGCUGUUCAUUGGGAAAGCUCAGCCUUUCGACUCUGGAGAGUACCAAUGUGAAGCCCUCAAUGCUUUAGGGAGCAGCUCGACAAACAUAGAAAUCACUGUUCAAGUUGCACCCAAGAAUACCUCCAUCUCUGUGUACCCGGCUGAAGCACUGAAAGAAGGAGACAGCAUGACUGUUUCUUGUGCGUCCCACAGUAACCCAGCAGCGACCCUCACUCUGCGCAAGAAGAGCCCCACUGGAGACAGAGAGCUGGAGUCCAGCAACGGCUCAUUGACAAUUAAUGAAGCUCAGCUGAGCGACACGGGGCUGUAUGAAUGUGAAGCCACCAACGAGGUCGGCAGUGAGAAAGCUACUGUCAACAUUUCUGUUGAAGCAAUUCCAUUCAAAGUAGAAAUGGAUCCUCCUCAACGCGUGUUAACUGUAGAGUUGGGGAGCGAGCUGGUUUUCACCUGCAGAGUCACAGACUGCCCUUCCCCACAGUUCACCUGGAAACACCCGACAGACCGUCCUCUGUAUGAGAAGACUGAGACUAAGGGCAAUGAGUCCCGCAUCUCCCUCUCUUCAGUGGGAACAGACCAGGAAAACACCUACAGAUGUCAGGUCAAAUGUGGGUCUGUGGUAAAGGAGAGCUCUACGAAAAUAAAAGUGUACUCUUUCCCCAGCGAUCCUGUCAUUGAAUCCAGUGCCCCUCUUCAGGAAGGGAAAGAAGCCGCUCUCAUCUGCAAAGUCCCGGAAGUGUAUCCUCCGGAGUACCUGGAGAUCCAGUGGCUGGACGGGGAACGUGUCCUCAAGAGAGACGACGAAGGAGUCUACAUCAAAAACAACGACGUCAGCAAUUUAACUUCGACAUACACCUUUGUACCGAAAAUGGAGGACAGUGGAAAAGAAGUAACCUGCAAAGCCAUUUUCAAAAUGGAAGGAAUCCCAGACCAGAAGAAAAGCAAAGCUUCUGCUGUAUCACUUAAUAUACACUUUUCACCCAAGAAUACCUCCAUCUCUGUGUACCCGGCUGAAGCACUGAAAGAAGGAGACAGCGUGACUGUUUCUUGUGCGUCCCACAGUAACCCAGCAGCGACCCUCACUCUGCGCAAGAAGAGCCCCACUGGAGACAGAGAGCUGGCGUCCAGCAACGGCUCAUUGACAAUUAAUGAAGCUCAGCUGGGUGACGCAGGGCUGUAUGAAUGUGAAGCCACCAACGAGGUCGGCAGUGAGAAAGCAAGUGUUGAAAUUUCUGUUAAAGUUCCCCCGAGGAAUACAACAGUGUUGGUGUAUCCAUCUACAGAGGUGUUAGAAGGACAAAAUAUCACCAUUUCAUGUAAAACCGUCAGCUACCCUGCCCCGACGAUCGUUUUGAAGAAAAUCAGCAAUGGAACGACUUUCUGCUCAGACAACGGCACCUUCGAGUUUUAUUACCUGACCACGAAUGACACCGGCCUUUACGAGAUCAAUGUGACCAACGACAUGGGCUACGAGGUUGAAGUCAUCGAGAUCCACGUUGGAAAAAGACUUCAGGAGAAGAAGUCUCCUCCUUACCUGGCUAUUUUAAUCCCUACCAUAGGAGCCUCAGCAGCUGUGUUAGCUGCAGCUUCAGCUCUCUUUGUUAUACACCUCUUACGUCAAGCAAAGAAUCGAGGAUUCUAUGAGUUAACACAAUUGAAUCCAGCUGCUGUCUAGAGAACACAUGCUUUUAAGCUAUGGGAGAGAUGAAAAUGAACCACCCGACCAUCUUAUAACUUGAAGGAACUGCAUGACUGAAUGACUUGAGAUUGCUUUAGGGGCUGCUGGUGAUGAGCCUUGUUUCAUUGAACCAAGUUUUGGACAAUCACAGAACUUGAGAGACUUUAACAAACAAGAACAAGGCAUGCCAUGUCAAAGGCUUUGUGAACUAUUCUUGCUGUAUCUGUGUUCCAUUUCAAGGGUCACAUUUGUGCUGCUGUAAUUAUAGAUGUCCGCACUAGAAAAUGAUUGCUUUAUCUCUAUCAGUGGAUAGUAAGGUACAUAUUGUCUGGGUUAGCAUUGGAGGAUAGAUGGCAAAAAUUGUAGUCAGUUAUUCAAUCAAGCAAUAACAGAGUUUGACAUUAAGUGUGGGACUGAUCAUUUUGAAUUGCUGCCCACUUUGUACUGCUUUGGUGUAUUUUAUAUACAUUAGAAUACAUUGAGUGGUGUGUUUAGGGGAAGAUCUUAAUAUAUCCAUCCUAAAAUAUGCAAAUCUGGUAUUUCAAUCAUAUUUUUAUUAUAUUUUGUGAGUUAUUUUACAAUCUCAUGUCAGUACUGAAGACUGAUACACGUUUAAUGCAUUAUUUGUUUGUACUGAAAGCACAGAUAAAUUAACAGGUAACACUUUAUGUUUUAUAAAUAUAUAACAUAUGCUUAAUAACUGUUUUAUAGAGUUUUAAUAAAACAUUAUAGAUGGUUUAUAACCAUGCACUAGCCAUGGACAGAAUAACAGUUUUAUGAAGGGAACAGUUUUUAGCCACCUAUUCUACUUUGGGAUGUUUUAACAUAAUUCCGUCUAUGGCUAUUGCAUGGUUAUAAACUGUCUAUAAUGCUUCAUUAACACUAUAUAACAUAGUUAUUAAGCAUAUAUUAUAUAUAAAACAUAAUAAGCAGCACCUUAAUAUAAAGUGUUACCAAUUAACAAGGAGAGACUCUCAUAUGGUACCAGCAUUUAGAUGUAUUAUUUUUUAGAAAACUGAUAGUUCAACUAUAAUUUAACUAGAUUAGAAAAUAAGAUGAUCCUGUUUUUAAGAAAAAAUAAACAACGGUUUAGUCUAUUUUUAUGUGUAAUAUAUUUAUAUAUGAGGAAAGGAGAGGGAACUGUUUAUAUUUAAACACUAUUUUACAUGUUGGGAAAAAUGCACUGUGCAUUAAACAAUUGUUUUUGUCAGUAUAGAAAAAGAUAAACCUUUGUCAUAGUUGUAUAAAAUGAAGGAACUAAUGUUAAUAUUAUUUUCAUUGUAUUCAAUUCUGUAGAGAAUCUGUAUUUUGUGCACCUUAUAAUAUUUUGAAAUACUGGUUCCAUGAAGUACCUAAAUAUGAAGCUAUUUUUUGUUUAUUAAUAAAUAUUUUGAACGAACUUCCACUGGCAUGUAAACUAUAUUUAGUAACUUAGUAAUGUGGUUAAAAACCACCGAUGACUUUGCAAACGGCUACAGUACAGGGAAUAUUUCUUUAAAGUUAUUGAAACGUAGGGGAAGUCCUUUUCGACAAGGGAUUUUUUUUAAUGAGUCAUUAAAAUAUUUACUUUCAUUUUGCUUUUAAGUCACAUGAUGAAAAAAACAACAACCUAACUGUGUAUAAAAUACCUUAAAUGAUAUAUCUGAUACAUUUUUAGUUUUGUCAUUUUUUUUAAGAAAAUGUAAUUUGAAAAUCAACCACGGAGUAGAAUAACAACACAGUAUUGUUGUAAAGGGGGAAGUGUCUUUGUGGUGAAGUACUAUAAACAGUGACCAAAGGUGGGAAAUUUAGGGAGAUUUCUCGAGAGGUGUAUAUACUUGUUAUAUACAAUGUUUGUGUGUGUGUGUGUGUGUGUGUGCAUGUGUGGGUGUGUGUGCGUGUGUGUAUGUCGUUUAUACCAGUAAAAAUGAUCCCAGACCAUGCUGAGUUUCAUAUUCUACACACUAGACCUAUAUAAUGUGUGAUUAUCACGUUUUAAAAACAAGAUUGUGAUUGAAGUGAAUAGCAAUCAUGUUGUUUAAAUAUGUGUUGGUUGUGCAUUAUAAUAGUCCUUAAUCAGGUUGAAAAAGCCUUUUACAACCAAAAUCUUACUUUAACAUCUCUUUUGUCUUCCAUACCUCAAAUUAGGUGCGCUUUAUUUUCAUUGAAAUACAUUUCUAAUCUAAAACAGACCAUUAAUUAAAAAUGGCAGUAGUACUUUACUAGUAAUACUGACAGUAAAUGUAUUUAAUAGGAAAUUCAUAAUAAAUCUAACGGGACUGAUGACACUGAUAUGUUCAUAAAUGCUAAAGUAGCCUGCAGUAUUGUACUCCCAUGAAACAGAAAAACUAAAAACAAACAGGUACUGGUGGAUGAUCUUAUAUUUCAACAGCUGUUAUUAAGACAUGUGGCAAGAUAAUAUAUUUUGCUGCUGUAACUAGAUAUAUGUUUCUUUGUGAAGCGGAUUACAUCCAUGGCAAGAUCAUUGUUUUGUUUUAUUGUGUAAGUAAAGGGUCGUUAGUGAAUGAUCACUAAUAUUUCACUUUAAUGUAUUAUGCAUUGUUCCUCACUAUCUUGUAAAGUGCUUUGUGAAGGUGGUCCUCUAUGAAAGGCGUUAUAUAAAAUAAAUAUUGAUUGAUU